CAACAAAAACAGUUCAUUACUCUUCGAAAACUGUAAACUUUUCUUCUAUCUACUCGCCCUUGAGAACCAUGACUAUCAGUAACGGCAAUCAUACCAAAUGGACGCCAAUUCUUACCGAAAAUUCGAUGAACCCUCACGUUAAAAAUGUACAGUAUGCUGUGCGUGGGCCGAUUGUUCAAAAGGCAACCAAUUACCAGGAGCUGAUUGCUCAAGGAAAAGGGAAUGAACUUCCUUUCAACGAAGUCAUCAAAGCCAACAUUGGAGAUUGCCAAGCUAUGUUGCAAAAGCCAAUAUCCUUUUUACGCCAAGUUCUCUCAGCAUGUAUGUAUCCAGAACUCAUCGGCCGUCAUCCUGCUGUUUUCCCCAAAGAUGUGGAAAAGCGGGCCAAUGAAGUCCUAGACGGGCUUCCGGGACGAAGUUUGGGUUCGUACAGUGAAAGUACAGGUCACUUAUACUGCCGAAAAAUAGUGAAAGAGUUCAUUGAGAAAAGAGAUGGUUAUCCUUCAGACGUUAAUAACAUAAUACUCUCUAACGGAGCGAGUGAGAUUAUCAAACUGACCUUGCUGACGGCAACUUUUGGAGAAGGGAAAGAUACUACAGGUGUGAUGAUCCCGAUUCCCCAGUACCCACUAUACUCUGCGACUAUCUCAGAAAUUGGUGCCGUGAAAGUUGACUACUAUCUGGACGAAGAUAACAAAUGGUCUCUGAGUAUAGAAGAAUUGGAGAAAUCGUACAAAAAGUCAUUCGAAACUUGUACUCCGCGAGUGUUGUGUGUGAUCAACCCUGGAAAUCCGACCGGUCAAGUGUUGAAUCGGAAAAACAUAGAUGAAAUUAUUGAAUUUGCGGCAACUCAUAAGUUGGUUUUAAUGGCGGACGAAGUAUACCAAGACAACGUCUACGAUCCUGAAUCUGAGUUCUGUUCGUUUAAAAAAGCGCUGAUGGAAUCGGAACAUAAAGACUCUCUGGAACUGGUUUCGUUUCACUCAAUGUCUAAAGGCUUCAUGGGUGAAUGCGGGAUUCGAGGGGGAUAUGGCGAGUUUGUGAAUUUUGAUGAAAACGUGAUGACCGAGUUGAAGAAAUUGAAGUCUGCACAGCUUUGCUCAGCAUCGUCAGGUCAAGUAGCUCUGGCUAUUGUUCUCAAUCCGCCAAAACCAGGUGAGGAAUCGCACGUUUUGUUUGUGAAAGAACGAGACGCAAUUCUAGGAACCCUGAAAAGCAAGUCAGUAAAAGUGCAUGACUUGUUUUCAAGAAUGCCAGGCAUGAAAGUUAACCCGAUAAUGGGGGCAAUGUAUUGCUUCCCAAGAAUUGAACUACCUCAGAAAGCGGUUGAUGCAGCCAAAAAAUUGGGAGUUGCGCCGGAUGCCUUUUACGUAGAGAAACUUCUGGACCAAACUGGAAUUUGUGUUGUGGCUGGAUCUGGUUUUGGGCAACUACCCGGAACCUAUCACUUCAGGACAACUAUUUUACCACCAGAGGACAAAAUAGAAUCUAUGUUGACCAAAUUUGAAGAGUUCCACCGCGGAUUUUUGGAGGAAUUCAAAUAAAUUGGCAAAAAAAAAACAGAUCUCAGAUUAUGGCAACUGAUGUUUUUGUUUUAACCAAUAGUAUAUCAAGAACUCAUUGGCUUGUUUUUAUUUGCGUAGUGUUUUUGAGAACACCCGGAGAGCUGCCAAAGUGCCAGUGACUUCAGUUGAAUGCUUCAAGUUGUACGAGUGCUGAGAAUUUGGGUAAUCUUGAUUAAUUUGAAUUUAUGUAUCUAGAUUAUUGUUUACGAAGUCUUUUUUACUUGAGGCCAAGUAACAUAUAUUUAGCACGCGCUGCUCUGUAAUUUAACUUACCUUGUA